GCCCGGCCGCGCGGGCCCGCGGGCGGGGCUCGGCGCGGCCCCGCGGCGCUCGGAGGGCCGCCGCCGCUGCUGCAGAUCGCUCCGAUGAUGGACGUCACCUACAAGGACUUCCGGCAGUUCAUGCGCAUUCUCACCCGCCACGCGCAGCUCUGGACCGAGAUGUGGGUAGACAACACCCUCUGCCACGCGACGCGCGUGGACGGGUUCCUCGACUUCGGGGAGAACGAACACCCGAUUGUUUGCCAGCUCGGCGGCAGCGUCCCGCAGUCCCUUGCCCAGGCCUCCGAGAUCGUCCAGUCGUGGGGAUACGAUGAGAUCAAUCUUAACUGCGGAUGCCCCUCAGACCGCGUGAGCGGCAAGGGCGAGUUCGGCGCCGCGCUCAUGCGGAAGCCGGAGGUCGUUCGAGACUGCAUCCGGGCCAUGACGGCCCGCGUGGAGCUCCCCGUCACCGUGAAGUGCCGCUUGGGCGUCGACGACGAGGACACCCCUGAGUUCACGUCCAACUUCGUGCGCGUGGUCGCGGAGGCUGGCGUCAAGCACUUCAUCAUCCACGCUCGCAAGUGCAUCCUGAAAGGGCUGACCCCGGAGCAGAACCGCAAGAUACCCCCGCUCAUGUACGACCGCGUCUUCCGCCUCUGCGAGGAGUUCCCUGAGCUGAACUUUACGCUCAACGGCGGGGUCAACAGCCUCGAGGAGGUGCACGACAUCCUGCGGGGCGCGCCCAACCCCCGACCAACCUCCUCGGCGUGAUGAUCGGGCGCGCCGCGUACGGCAACCCGUGCAUCCUCGCGGACGUGGACAGGGCCAUCUUUGGGCAGGCCACCAACCCGCCGUCCGCGGGCAGCCGGCACGCCGUCCUCUCCGCGUACUGCGACUACCUGGACGCGGAGCACCCGCCCGGAGGCCCCGCGGCCUCGGCGCCCGGCUCGGGCCCGGUGCAGGGGGCGCUGAAGCCCGUGCUGGGCGUCUUUAACGGGGCCCGCGGGAACAAGAUCUUGCGGCAGGGUAUCGACGCCCUCGCACACGACGCCGCCGCGCGCGCGCAGGGCCCGGGGCACAUCCUGCGGCGCGUGCUCGCGAUGCUGGAGGCCGACGCCGGCGCGGCCCAGGCCCUGCACGCGCCCCUGGCCCUGGCGGGGCAGCGGGCGGGGGCGUGCGAGGAGGACCGCGGCGGCCUCGCCGGCUCGCCGCCCGACGCCCCGGAGCUGUGCGCGGCAGCCGCCGCGCAGCCGCCAGGCCCCAGCGGCGGCGCCCCGGGCCGCCAGGGCUGCGAGCGGCAGGCUGCUCUUGCGGGCGCCGGCGGCGGCGGGCGCGAGGACGUACUCCGCCGCGCGACUAUGCGGACGAUGGUGGUGACCAUGAAGCUGCUGUGGCAUCACGCUGGCAGGUCCAUGAGGGCACUGCCCCUGCUCGUGGGGGUCUUCAACCCGUUGAACGCCGUGGGGGCCAGGGCCGAGGACAUCGCGGACGAGGCCAGCAACUUUGACGUGUUCGCGCUUGUGGGCACACAGUCCAGGGCGCCCCCAGGAGCGCACUACAGGGAGACUUGCAUGCGCAUGACACAGUGGCUGGACCAAGUGCUACUAACUACCCCGCACUCCUCGCUGCCGCUCAUCCUGACGGAUCUCAACGACGGCAUUGGUAUAGGUUCUUUGGCAAAGGAUGGCUAUGUCGGGGAGGCGGUCAUCAGCGAAAGCAGCGCGACGAAGGAGUUCACGAAGGGGGCGGGGGCGACCAUCAGAGAUGUGCUGCGGAGGCAUCACAUGGCAGUCUACAGCGACAACUCUGAACCCACCUGGUUCGGCAACAAGGGAUACGUGUCUCGCAUCGACUACAUCAUGGGCCCUCUCUCGUGGAACAUGCUUUGCCUAGGAGCACCCCACUACUCAGGAUGGGGCGGCGGCUUCAGCUCAUUCGACACCGUGACUUACGGGACCACGUCCCAGUGCAUGCGCACCUAUUAUAUGGCAGAGUGGGUUCGGCUCGGCUUGCAGAAGACACCUGACGGCAUCUUCGCGUAUCUAGAGAAGCACAUGGUCAGAAUUGGGCAGGACCACUUCAGUACGCCGCAUUUCGUAGACGACACUUACAAGGAGCUCAGGGAGACUCGCACGGCGAUCGAGGAGGAGAUCAAUCAGCACUGGGAGGCGAGGAGAUUUGCUCAGGCGUACCGUGCUACCAUUAGGCUGGGGAACAAUAGGUUAAAGCGGCUGCAGCAGGCGGCCAGGGACAGGAACAACAGCGCCCAGUUCUUCGGGGCACUCUUCGGCACCAUCUGCGGGCAGCAGCGGGGCACGGUGAACGUUGAUGGCUCCAUUUCUGUGCUGGCCCACCCUUGGGCGAAGCGGGUACAACAAGACGUUGGCUCGCUCAUUCGGGUCUCGGACGAGGCCCGUGCACUGCAAGAGUUUGCUGGCCCGCAGAUUGUGGCCUGGCGAAACGAUCCGCACUUCAGAGAGCUGUCACCGCACGUCGGCACUUAUCUCGGGCUACUCAAAGAGGAUAGUGCGCGGUCGAUCCCGCUCGAGCACUCGUUCCAGCACAAGAGCCAAAAACGAUACAAUGCCCUGGAUGCGACUUCGCAGCUGGCUGUUGGCUCGAGCUUCGAGAUCACCUCGCUCGCCACCUGCCGUUUCUUCCUGAUAUUCGCGCGCCCGCCACUGUGGGCAAAAACCUCCCGCAUGGCAGACGACGGCGACCAGGAGCUAGAGGUGGAAGACCCAGCAUGGAUGAAGGAGAUGGGCAUCGAACAAGUCGGCUGGGGCAUCCUGCGGCGCAAACGAGGAGCAGCAGGCGGACAGGGCUCGGACCCCAAGAAACAGAAGGCGGAGGAGCUGCUCGCACAGGCCAGAGGACAAGCAGGCAAAGGCGCCACCAAAUCCCAAGUCUUGCAGCAAAUCGUGCUCAUUCUCGCCAAGCUCGUCCUCAGCAUGGCGGGCGACCUCAGGUCAGUCAUCAGCGUCGUCCUCGUCACAGCGAUCAUUCCCUCGGCUGCCCCGUGCAUCGAGGCUGCGAUCCAGGCAGGCAAGAACUACCACAAAGCGGCGAUGGAUCCCAAAGAGAAAGCGAAAGAGGACGAAGGAGUGGACACGGCAGCCUUGGGCAGUCCACAUCUACACGUGUGGAAGGACUUCAUCAGAGCGCUCCUCGCGAGUACAGAGGAAGGCCAGGCGCGCACCGCGCUGGGAACAUACUGGACGAAGAACGUCAUGAAGUACGAGCUGAAAGACGCGGCAGCGGAGAUCAAGUACUUCAGGGUGCGCGUCCCACAGGGCAAGGAGGCCAAGAAGAAGUCGAAGCGCAUGGAGGGCAAGGUGCGGUUGCAGUGGGCUCUCUCGACGACCAGGAUCGCACGCGAGCUCGACGGAGCCAUUCGCUCGGAGAUAGUCAGGCACGGCGGGGAGAUCUUGAUUGGAGCUGCCCCACGCGGGGCUUUGGAGAGGGACGCGCGCGCGCUCUUGAACAAGCUGGAGCCAGAGGAGAGUAGCACUCAGAUGGGGUAA